UGGAAGCAUGUGGAACAGAUGCGGUUUGACUCCAGAUAAAGCUUUAAUGUGUCCAACAAGAUUCAUUCUGAUGCUCACUAUUACAUUAUCAUUGUCUACUAUGGCUUAUAUCUAUUUCUCUCUCAAGCAAGUUACACACCAUCACAAAAUGGCCUAUACUGAGGGCUUGUCUGGCAAACUUUUUUUCUGGAAAAUCAAGCAAACACCUACAGCUCUGAACAAACCCACUGCAUCCAUUAGCACCAAACCCAUUUCAGUGCAUUAUCAUAUCGCUCAUCCAAGCAACUAUCAUUACAUUCUGGAUGAACCUGAUAAAUGUCAGCAGAGUCCGUUCCUGGUCUUGAUGGUCCCUGUGGCGCCCCAUCAGGUAGAAGCUCGAAACGCCAUCCGGAGCACAUGGGGGAAUGAGAGCACAGUCCAAGGAAACGCAGUGAUGACUCUCUUCUUGGUGGGUUUGACUGGAGGAUCCGACUCUGAAAAAGUUCAACAGCAGCUGGAGGAAGAGAGCCGACAACACAGAGACUUACUGCAGAGCAACUUUGUGGACUCGUACUUCAACCUGACCAUAAAGACGAUGGUGAUCAUGGACUGGUUGGCCACUCGUUGCCCUCAAGCCAAUUUCAGUAUGAAGGUCGAUUCUGACAUGUACUUAAACAUGGAAAACUUGAUGACUCUUCUAUUGGCACCCAACACCCCCCGACAGAACUACAUCACUGGUUUUUUGAUGUUGAACCAGCAUGUCAUUAGAAACAAAAAAUCUAAAUAUUACGUCACAGAGGAGCUAUACCCCGAAACGAAAUACCCCACAUAUGUGCUGGGAGUAGGAUAUGUUUUCUCCAAUGACCUUCCCAAAAAAAUAGUUGAGGCUUCAAAGGACGUUAAGCCCUUUAACAUAGAGGACGCAUAUGUAGGCACUUGUCUAAAAUGGUUGGGCAUUAAACCCUCACGUGCACCAGAUCCUUCUCAGUUUCGGACUUUUAUGAAGGAUUCUAAAACUCACAACCUUUCCAAGGUCAUUACAACAAUUGCGAGGUCACCGAAGCAGAUAAUAGAGUUCUGGCAAAGUGUUGUAAAAAAUAUCCCACUGACAUUUUUGUCUUGAUAAAUUUUAUUUACAAAUUAUAAACAUGCACAAUUUAAAGUGGUGAAUUCAAGUCAUUACGUGUUGCAAUGUCAAGGUAUUUUUGUAUAAAUUUACAUAAAAGGGGCCGUAUCCACAAACAAUUUUAUCUUGCCACCAAUUUCCGUGAACCAAUUGAUCCAGAACAGUUCUGGAUUUUGGCGUUUGUUUGUACGGUGGCUCUGAAUUGUCAAAACACCAUUCAAAAUACUUGCUACGGAUGCAAAAUACGCAGACAAUUGAACCCGAUCCUAAUUUUUAUGAUGGACAAAGAAGUUUCGGAGUUAGGUGUGUAAACGUAAUUGACGUAGGCUAUUUAUUUUUUAUUGUGCAAACAUUUUGGAUGAGAAUUUCAGACACAGUGUGCAGACAUCAGGUUAAUUUUUCUGCAUUGUUCGCAUGCAUUUUAAGAGGUGUUAUGACAAAUCAGAGACACUGAAUGACGAAUACAAAAAAAAAAAAAACAUGAUGCAAGGACUUUGCCAGGACACUGCCCAGAUGUGGGGCAACUGCACAAUGUUGCCCUGAGGCGACGAACAAAAAACAAAACAAAAAAACAACAACAACACAGUUUUAGUAUAUACAAACAAAAUAAAUCUUUAAACAAUCAAACAUACUUAUUUACAUACUGAUGCACAUGCAUAUAAUUUUAAUAUGAGGUUAUUUAAAGGGGUCAUAUAAUGCC